ACAGUUUGAAUUAAAAAACAGCUGUUCACGAGGUAAACAAGCGGCACUGUCUUCUUCUUCUCUGUUUGCCAUUCACAUUUUCCACUGACAUGUGAGCCACUGCAAAUUGCCUAAAAACUUUUAUGAUGCCACAAAUAGCAAAUAAACCAAAUGAAUCCACAAUAAGAGUGCCGUUUGAGACGCCACGCCUGGCCGAGAUCGCCUACAGAGUGCUUAGUGUGGACCAGGAGCCGCGUCGGAACUUUGUGCAGAAAACUUUGAGCCUGGAUGGCGAUGUCCUGGUCGUCCACUUCCAAGCCGACCAAGUGAAGAGCCUGCGCACCGCCAUCACCUCUUUCUUCGAGAGCCUGCUCCUCUGCCAGGACACCAUCAAGCAGUUUGGAGACUCCCCAGAGAACAAGCCAAUCCCCGCCAGCAACGAGGACGAUGCCGGAGCACAGUCCGGCUCCGACUCCGCAUAGGGCCAUCUAUGGAUUCGCCUUCUACAUGCUGUUCACCGU